CGUCGAAUCAUCCAGAGUCUAAUCCUGGGAUAAUCUCCCCGCUUCGGCAUCGGCCUGCAAUUCAUUCUGUCCGAGUUUCCUCCCGUCACUUUUUACCCCGCAUCACUCUUAGAAUCCUCCUGGUCUUUGAAUCUUGCAUACACAGCACAUCAAAAAUCAUGGCCGACGCAGAGCUUGAAGAGAUCAGACGGGCCCGUCUUGCCCAGCUUCAGCAACAGGGUGGCGCACGUGGUGGCCCUUCGGACGGCAACCAGGAGGAACAGAGAAGGCAAGCUGAAGCCGACCGCCGCGCCACUAUUCUGAACCAGAUCCUCGAGCCCGAAGCCGCCGAUCGUUUGGGUCGCAUCCGCCUUGUCAAGGAAUCCCGCGCUGCUGACGUCGAGUCCCGUCUCAUCAUGCUCGCCCAGUCCGGCCAAUUGCGCCAGAAGGUUACCGAGGAGCAGCUCAAGCAGCUGCUGAACGCUAUGGCCGAGAACCAGCGCAAGGAUGAGGAGGAGCACAAGAUUGUGAUCAACCGGCGCGGCGGCUGGGAUGAUGAUGAUGAUUUGUUGGAUCUGUGAGAUGUGUUUUUAGCGAUGGGUGUUCGGUUUGUGCUGAAUGCUUGCCAUGUUCAAUGAUACCUCCAGCUCUCGGAUCUCUACCUUCACGACCAGAGCAAAUUGCAGCUGAAUUUCUGCUACGACAAAAGUACAGUUCUUCCAACUUGAUAGUUCAUCAACAGUUCCUCCACCGAGGACCUAAUGACAUUUGGCCGAGUAAUCAUUCAGGAAGUG